AUGGACUUUUCUGGAAUUCCUCGUGGUUCAAUUAGGGGAGACGCUUUAAAGAAGUUAGCGAAAUUAUCAGUUGAAAAUUCCCCUACCAGUUUACAAGAUAACGGCGAGUCAACAGACGAUUUUUUCAAUUUGUUGUCUCAUACAACUAGAAAUGAAAAAAAUCAGCUAUCAGAUGUUGCCAUUUCACCCAAAGAGUUUGAAGUUUUAAUUGCAUUGUGUGAAUCAACAGCUUCAGAUAUGAAGUUUCCCAAACAAGCAAAAAUACUUUUGGACAAGAUUAGAUUAUAUUUAUUAGAGUUACCAAAUCAGAAGUUUUCCAAUGCCGUAUUUAAUUUGACACCCAAAUGUUCCCCUUGGAAUUUACUUGGUGAGAAAUUAACCACGGCUGCCAUUAAUCUAGGCAGUAAAUUUGAUUUCGUGCUUCUUGAUAAAGUGUUAGAUGUACUCAUGGAAUUUAAUGAAAAAUUAUUUCGUAACGCUUUUGAAUUUUCCAAUUAUAUGUCACUUUUGGGAUUUAUUGAAGGGUUGAUUAAGAAUGCAUGGAUUUUUCAUUAUUCUGAAAAGUCAUUCAAAGUCUUUACCACGUUGGACACCUGUAUCGAUAAUUUUGAAUUUUUGAAUGAAGCAGAGAUUUAUUCCAACAACUUAUUUUCUCAACCUAAUGAGUAUUCUUCGUUGUUAGAUCGAGAUAUUGUUUCUGAGUUUUCUCCUAUCCUUUAUAUUGAACGUAUAAGCAAAUUGCAAUGCUCGAUCAUUGAUUCUAUUCUUGGUAAUACGGAGACACCUUUGUUGGAAUUCUUAUUAAUUAAGGCUUCUAAGCUGUAUGAAGAUGACAAUGCUAGCUAUGAUCUGAAGAGUCCUGCUGGAUUAAUGGACAUUUCACAAUUUCAUAUGAACAUUAUCGAUAAAUUAUCCUACAUGGCAGUUCAAAAAAUGGAAUUCUUGGAUAGGGGUGAGACUUAUAUUGUUUAUUCGACUUUCAAUAGAUUAAAAACUGGUUAUUUAGCUAAGUCUAUUAAUUUACAUAUAAUUGGUUGUGGUAUGUUUACUGAUAAUGUUGAUAUUUCAAUUGCAAAGAAAUUUUUGAAAAAUUGCUUAUCUAUCUAUGAUGUUAUGUUGGAUAUCAACUUAGGCUUAAGUGUUAUUCAAUUGGGAUCUUUAUUAGUGUUCAAAGAUGAGCAAGUCGGACCGCCAAUUACCAGGGCAUUUACCUCUUUGGUAGCAAACCCUAAAUUUGAUACUACGUAUUGUCUGAUUUCUUCAAAAAGUGUGGGUUUAGCAAGUAAAUGCUUUUCUCAGGAUGCAGUGGUUACUACUAUUUAUGCAUUAACGAAUUUAUUAUUUAUCGGUGAUGAUGGUGUCCAAGCUAGAAAUUCAAUCAAGAGAAAUACAGCAUUAGGAAGGCCUCCAGAUGGUUUUGCGGCUAGAGACUUGAACAUAUCUAGAAGUGUUUCUAGAUUCACAUCAAUGAACUCGUUAGUGAAUGAAAAGACUGAGCCUAACUUUCACGAUAAAGCAUCGGUUGGCGAUUAUGAAGAAUCUGAUUAUAUGAAGAUUUGUGAGAAUGCCAUUAUUGCCAUUAUUGAUAUUACGCAAGCUUGUAAUGAUGAAACUAUUAGUACUCUAGCUGUUACCAUCUUAUCUCAAAAAACUGCCAAAUUAAAUUCAAGAAUUGGAGAUAUAUUGUUGAAGGGCUUAGUAUCGUGUGCUCCAUUCUUGCCAGAACGUGAGUUCAUUAUCUUGUCUAGGCUAUUAAACAAGUUAUCUCUUGAUGCAUUAGAAGGAGGAAAUUCUCGUUUAUUAGAUUCCUUGAUCAAAGCAAGAAUAAGUUUAUCUCAUAAGCUUAAACCUGAUAAUCCGUUAUUUAGGACUUACUUGCGUGAAAUUUUACAAGCAAUUAUUAGCAAAGGUGAAGUUCGAGUAUUGGAACACCAUAGACCACAUACUGAGAUCAGCGAAAUUGGUGAUCAAAUUGGAAUCUACUUGCAACCAUUAGCAGAGCUUUUGCCAGAUGUUCAUAAAGGAGAGCUUCCAUUAAGCAUUAAUGAGACAUCCACGAUUAAUCUAUUCAGAAAUAUUUGGUUUAAUAUGGUAGUUCACGGCUAUUCCAUGAAUUCAAAAAAUGUAAAGAAGUAUAAAGUUGAAUUAGAAAGAAUUGCAUAUAAUUCACCGCCAUUAGCUUCUGAAUUAUCUUGGGAUAGAACAGAAACAUCUUUGGAAUUAAAUACCGUUUUAAGAAGAGGAUCUUCUAAUCACAAUGUCAAGGAUCAUAGACAUAUCAUGGGUAACAUAUUUGAAGUAAAUAGGACCAUUUCCUACCCGAAAUUGAUGUUCGUCUCAGCUACUGUGUUUGUCGAAUCAUUGAGAGUUAAAUCAGGAGAUUGCUCGACCAUUUUGCAAUACUAUUCUGAUCCUUCUAUAUCAACUAGCAGCAUUGAUAAGUACAUUGGUAACAUUUCUAACAAGAUUGUUGAAGAUUUUGUUACUCUAGUCAACAAUGGAGGUAAUGCACAAUUCACCUCGGAAAAUAUUGCUGAACAACUAACAUGUAUGUUGGCACUCUGUUGUCAUAGACUUGAAGACUUACAGGAUGCCGCCUUACAAUCCUGUGAUACCAUGAUCAAUAGAAUUCCCUCUUCAUUAUGCCAUCAUAAAAGUUUGUUUGCUCUAUUUGACUUAUUAACACUCCUUUUCGAAAGCAUUGUCGACGCUGAUGAAAAUCAAUAUGAGCCUAAAACUUCAUUCCGUGCUGAAAGAACUGGCAUACAAUUGCUCUUGUCCGAUUCAUAUAAAUGGCGUAAUGACACUUUCAAUCGUUUCCAUGACAAAGCAAAAAGUUGGAUGAAAUUGAUUUUAGUUAAGUGCAAUGUUGAUGUGAAAGCGUUAAUUCAGUCUUAUAUCUCUGGCUUAGAUACGUUUCAAUCUAAUGAAAGAGUCCAAUAUGGUGUGUCGUUUGCUUUAGAAAUGGCUGGCAGUGUUUUAGCGAACGAUAGGGAAUUGUCUAGCGUUUCAAAGUUUGUUCCUCAGAAUUUCAACACCUUGCCCGUUUUUGUUUCGCAGUUAAGUUGGAGAAGCAACCUUGUAAGUAAACUUAUGGACAAAGUUCCAUUGCACUCGCAAGAUGAUACUGAGAAUGCAUUCAAUACGAUGCGUCUAAAAGUGAUCGAAAUUAAGCGGAAGAUUUCUGACAGACAACACUCUGUAUCAAACGAUGAGACUAUUGACUUGCUAAGUGAGCUUGCUGGUUUAGCACUUGUUUCUUACAGCAAUUCUGCUGAAAUAAUCAGAUAUCUCGUUGAAAUCCCGUUUGCUAUAUUUGAGUCGUCUAUUAUGAAAACGGCGAGUGGUAUUUGGUUUGCUGUUAUGAAAGAGCGUCCUAAUUUAUCUGUUAUCCUUUUGUCUGAAAUAGCAAAGAAAUGGGAAACAUCAAUUAAAAUGAAGCAAGGCUUAUAUUCAACAAAGCAUGAUAUUUGCAAUCCUGAAUUUACAAAAAUGGAAUAUAGUCCAAGUGACCUGAAAGUAGUAAACAGACUUGGUCAUGCAACUAGUAAGAGCUUUGAUCCUCACUUGCAAAUAAUUAAAUUAUUCGCCUCAAAUUUCGAAGCUACUUUAUAUCAAAGUGAUCAUUUACUUAAAGUUUUUACUAGAUUCGUCGACUUUGGCUUAAGAGAAUUAGCUAUUGCAAGUCUCCACCCAAUUGCUAGAAUUGUGAGGUUUGAAUUAAUUAGAUUUGCCUUCCACGUUUUAAAUUACCAUAUAAAAUUAGGUUCCAGAAGUGUUUUCAGUCUUACUGAAGCAAUAUUCGAUGCAAUUUUAUCAUGGUUUAGACAGAGAGCAAGUUACCCAUUUGGAUCAAAUCUUCUCAAAACUAAAGCCGAUUAUAGUUUAUUGCAGGAAACUGCCCGUCUAGUGUCACAUACAAAUACUAUGAAGAAUAGUGAAUUAGAGUCAAAGAAGGUACUUAUUAUGUUUUUCCUUGAUGAUGAGGUUUCAAAAAUUUCUGUUUGGUUAAACCCAAUAAAUGCUCGUGAUUUAAAAGGAACAUUUACGUCCAGUCACAUUAAUGGUAUCCAUGUAUCUCACGCAUAUAAGUUAGAUCCCAUAUUAGCCGUAAAUUUGGCUCUUAGAUACAAACUUAAGGAUUUGGAUCAAAUAUUACAGCAUUUGAUUACAGAAACUCCUUUACCAGCUAUAUUUUAUCCUGAUGCUGUGCAAUACUUUAUUGGUAUAAAUGGUGGAACCAAUAUGCCUUCUCAUCAUUUAUUAUUUUGGGAACCUUUGUCUCCUAUUGAUGCGAUAACGUUGUUUUUACCACCAUUUGGUAGCAACCCGUAUAUUCUUCAAUAUACCAUGAGAUCAUUAGAGCAUCAUGAUACCAAUUUGACAUUCUUUUAUGUUCCACAAAUCGUUCAAUCAUUGAGAUUCGAUGCAAAGGGAUAUGUUGAAAGAUUUAUUCUUGAAACUGCUAAAGUUUCACAGUUGUUUGCUCACCAAAUUAUUUGGAAUAUGCUAGCAAACAGCUAUAAGGAUGAAGAUUCUACAGAACCAGACUCGUUGAAACCAGUCCUUGAUAGAACCCAAAAUUCCAUGCUCAAAUCCUUGAGUAAAGAGGAUUUUUUGUUCUACGAAAAGGAAUUUGGCUUCUUUAAUGAAGUCACUAGUAUCUCUGGUAAAUUGAAGCCCUACAUCAAGAAGUCCAAAGCAGAAAAGAAGGUAAAAAUUGAUGAGGAAAUGGCUAUUAUCGAGGUUAAGCCAGGGGUAUAUUUGCCAAGUAACCCUGAUGGAGUGGUUGUAGAUAUUAACCGAAAAUCAGGAAAACCUUUACAGUCGCAUGCAAAGGCACCAUUCAUGGCUACUUUUAAGAUCAAAAAGGAUGUUCUUGAUGUAGAUGAACUGGGUGAACGUGUGGUAACUCAAAUCGAAAAAUGGCAAAGUGCUAUUUUCAAAGUUGGUGAUGAUUGUCGACAAGAUGUUUUGGCACUUCAACUUAUCUCGGUUUUCAGAACCAUUUGGUCCAAUGCGGGUUUGGACUUGUUUGUUUACCCUUACAGAGUGACUGCUACUGCGCCAGGCUGUGGUGUUAUCGACGUACUUCCUAACUCAGUAUCGAGAGAUAUGCUUGGUAGAGAAGCAGUUAAUGGCUUAUACGAAUAUUUCACAACCAAAUUUGGUCCUGAAAACUCGAUAGAAUUCCAAAAAGCGCGUAACAACUUGAUCAAGUCAUUGGCAGCGUAUUCCAUCAUCUCGUAUAUUCUACAAUUUAAAGAUCGUCACAACGGUAACAUUAUGUACGACGAUCAAGGUCAUGUGUUACAUAUCGAUUUCGGUUUCUGCUUCGAUAUCGUACCUGGUGGUGUGAAAUUCGAAGUUGCGCCGUUCAAAUUGACCCACGAAAUGGUCUUGGUAUUAGGAGGACGUUCCGACACCCAAGCAUUCCAAUGGUUCGAAGAGCUCUGUGUUAAAGGUUUCUUGGCAUGUAGGCCCUACAUGGAAACUAUUGUCAGAUCCGUGAAUCCGAUGCUCGAAAGCGGCUUGCCAUGCUUUAAACCACAAACCAUCAAAAAGUUGAGGUCGAGGUUUGUCCCAAACAAGUCUGAAAAGGAGGCGGCCCUUUAUAUGAGACACCUUAUCAAAAAAUCGAUGGAAUCUUACUACACGAAGGGUUACGACGAGUUCCAGCGUAUUACAAACGGUAUUCCUUAUUAG